CGUUGGCGGCGGCCCCGGCCCAGCGAGCGGAGCGGGCGAGCCGGCGGCACAGGCUGCCGCGCCGCGUCCUGGCCCGGCCCGGGCCCGCGCGCCCCGCAUCGCCCGCAGCGCGGGCAUCCAGACCCUGUCGGCGCCCCGGGGGCUCGGGCAGGCGGGGAGCGGGGAGGGGCCUGCGUGCGCCCGCGGGUGCGCUCCAGGGGGCGUCUCGGCGAGGCCGGGAGCGGGCCGGGGGCGGCAGCGGCGGGAGGAGCCCCCGCUCUGGUCGGGCGCCCGGCUCGGCCGCGGAGGACGCGGGGCGCUCUCGGGGAUUUGCAACUCGCCGGAUCAAGUCCUCGCCCGCGGGGCCGCUGCUGCUGGAGAAGCUCACCUUGGCUUCCAGCCAGGUUCCCCGGGCGGUCCCUGUGCCCAGGCGGGCGGUGGACAGAGGAAGUGGCCUGCUGUGCGGCCAGUCCUGGCAGGCACGCUGCCACUGGUGCCAUGGGCAGGCCCAAGGGCCCUGGACUCUAGGAGCCAUUGCAGCCCUCUCACCUGAAGCCGGGCUCCUCACCCCGCCCCAGCUCCCGGCCCCCCGCCCCUGCCCCUGGCCCGGCCCUGCCUGCAGCUGGACCCUGGCAUGUCAAGGCCUGGCCCUUGCCUGUCUGCCCAGCCCGCGGAACCUCGGCGGCCCCGCGAGCUAGGAUGAGGGGCCAGGCCGCCGCCCCGGGCCCUAUCUGGAUCCUGCCGCUCCUGCUGCUCCUGCUGCUGGGGCGCCGGGCGAGGGGAGCCGCGGGGGCAGACGCAGGGCCGGGGGCCGAGCCGUGCGCCACACUGGUGCAGGGCAAGUUCUUCGGCUACUUCUCGGCAGCGGCCGUCUUCCCAGCCAACGCCUCCCGCUGCUCCUGGACCCUGCGCAACCCGGACCCUCGGCGCUACACGCUCUACAUGAAGGUGGCCAAGGUGUCUGCGCCCUGCCGCGGCCCCGGCCGGGUCCGCACCUACCAGUUCGACUCCUUCCUGGAAUCCACGCGCACCUACCUGGGCGUGGAGAGCUUCGACGAAGUGCUGCGGCUCUGCGACCCUGUGGCUCCGCUGGCCUUCCUGCAGGCCAGCAAGCAGUUCCUGCAGAUGCAGCUCCAGCAGCCGCCCCAGGACCACAGUCCGGGGCCGCCGGGCCCCAGGGACGACUUCUCCGUGGAGUACCUGGUCGUGGGCAACCGUAACCCCAGCCGGGCCGCCUGCCAGAUGCUGUGCCGCUGGCUGGAGGCCUGUCUGACCGGCAGCCGCAGCUCCCACCCCUGCGGCAUCAUGCAGACCCCCUGUGCCUGCCUGGGCGGAGAAGCCAGUGACCCUGCCUCCAGCCCUGUGCUCCCCCAUGGGGACGUCUGCUUGAGGGAUGGAGUGGCGGGCGGUCCUGAGAACUGCCUCACCAGCCUGACCCAGGACCGGGGCGGGCACGGCGCACCAGGCGGCUGGAAGCUGUGGUCCCUGUGGGGCGAGUGCACGAGGGACUGCGGAGGAGGUCUGCAGACGCGGACGCGCACCUGCCUGCCAGCGCCGGGCGUCGAGGGCGGCGGCUGCGAGGGGGUGCUGGAGGAGGGUCGCCUGUGCAACCGCAAGGCCUGCGGCCCUGCUGGGCGUACCAGCUCCCGGAGCCAGUCCCUGAGGUCCACGGAUGCCCGGCGGCGGGAGGAGCUGGGGGACGAGCUGCAGCAGUUUGGGUUCCCAUACCCACAGACGGGUGACCCGGCGGCGGAGGAGUGGUCUCCCUGGAGCGUGUGCUCCAGCACCUGCGGUGAGGGCUGGCAGACCCGCACACGCUUCUGCGUGUCCUCCUCCUACAGCACGCAGUGCAGCGGGCCCCUGCGGGAGCAGCGGCUCUGCAACAACUCCGCCGUGUGUCCAGUGCACGGAGCCUGGGACGAGUGGUCCCCCUGGAGCCUUUGCUCCAGCACCUGUGGCCGCGGCUUCCGGGACCGCACGCGCACCUGCAGGCCCCCCCAGUUUGGAGGCAACCCCUGCGAGGGUCCCGAGAAGCAAACCAAGUUCUGCAACAUUGCCCUGUGCCCUGGCCGGGCAGUGGACGGAAACUGGAAUGAGUGGUCGAGCUGGAGCGCCUGCUCGGCCAGCUGCUCCCAGGGCCGGCAGCAGCGCACGCGCGAGUGCAACGGGCCUUCCUACGGGGGCGCCGAGUGCCAAGGCCACUGGGUGGAGACGCGGGACUGCUUCCUGCAGCAGUGUCCAGUGGACGGCAAGUGGCAGGCCUGGGCCUCCUGGGGCAGCUGCAGUGUCACCUGUGGCGGCGGCAGCCAGCGGCGGGAGCGUGCCUGCUCCGGGCCCUUCUUUGGGGGAGCAGCCUGCCAGGGCCCCCAGGAUGAGUACCGGCAGUGUGGCACGCAGCGCUGUCCCGAGCCACACGAAAUCUGUGACGAGGACAGCUUUGGAGCUGUGGUCUGGAAGGAAACACCGGCUGGGGAGGUGGCUGCAGUCCGGUGUCCUCGCAACGCCACAGGCCUCAUCCUGCGCCGCUGUGAGCUGGACGAGGAGGGCAUCGCCUACUGGGAGCCACCCACCUACAUCCGCUGCGUCUCCAUUGACUACCGCAACAUCCAGAUGAUGACCCGGGAGCACCUGGCAAAGGCUCAGCGAGGGCUGCCUGGGGAGGGGGUCUCGGAGGUCAUCCAGACGCUGGUGGAGAUCUCCCAGGAUGGGACCAGCUACAGCGGGGACCUGCUGUCCACCAUCGACGUCCUAAGGAACAUGACGGAGAUUUUCCGGAGGGCCUACUACAGUCCCACACCCGGGGACGUGCAGAACUUCGUGCAGAUCAUCAGUAACCUGCUAGCAGAGGAGAACCGGGACAAGUGGGAGGAGGCCCAGCUGAUGGGCCCCAAUGCCAAGGAGCUCUUCCGGUUGGUGGAGGACUUCGUGGAUGUCAUUGGCUUCCGCAUGAAGGACUUGAGGGAUGCAUACCAGGUGACGGACAACCUGGUCCUCAGCAUCCAUAAGCUCCCAGCCAGCAGUGCCUCGGACAUCAGCUUCCCCAUGAAGGGCUGGCGGGCCACAGGCGACUGGGCCAAGGUGCCAGAGGACAGGGUCACCGUGUCCAAGAGUGUCUUCUCCACAGGGCUGGCCGAAGCUGACGACACCUCUGUGUUUGUGGUGGGCACCGUGCUUUACCGGAAUCUGGGCAGCUUCCUGGCCCUGCAGAGGAACACCACGGUCCUGAACUCCAAGGUCAUCUCUGUGACCGUGAAGCCCCCGCCUCGCUCCCUGCUCACCCCCUUGGAGAUCGAGUUUGCCCACAUGUACAACGGCACCACCAACCAGACCUGUAUCCUGUGGGAUGAGACAGAUGUACCCUCCUCCUCCGCACCCCCGCAGCUCGGGCCUUGGUCGUGGCGCGGCUGCCGCACGGUGCCCCUCGACGCCCUCCGGACGCGCUGCCUCUGUGACCGGCUCUCCACCUUCGCCAUCUUAGCCCAGCUCAGCGCCGACGCGACCAUGGAGAAGGCGCCCGUGCCAUCCGUGACGCUCAUCGUGGGCUGUGGUGUGUCAUCCCUCACCCUGCUCCUGCUGGUCAUCAUCUACGUGUCCGUGUGGAGGUACAUCCGCUCGGAGCGGUCGGUCAUCCUCAUCAACUUCUGCCUGUCCAUCAUCUCUUCCAAUGCUCUCAUCCUCAUUGGGCAGACGCAGACCCGCAACAAGGUCGUGUGCACGCUGGUGGCGGCCUUCCUGCACUUCUUCUUCCUCUCCUCCUUCUGCUGGGUGCUCACCGAGGCCUGGCAGUCCUACAUGGCAGUGACGGGCCGUCUGCGGAACCGGCUCAUUCGCAAGCGCUUCCUCUGCCUGGGCUGGGGGCUCCCUGCGCUGGUGGUGGCCAUUUCCGUGGGAUUCACCAAGGCCAAAGGGUACAGCACCAUGAACUACUGCUGGCUCUCCCUGGAGGGGGGACUGCUGUACGCCUUCGUGGGACCAGCUGCUGCUGUCGUGCUGGUGAACAUGGUGAUUGGGAUCCUGGUGUUCAACAAACUUGUGUCCAAAGACGGCAUCACCGACAAGAAGCUGAAGGAGCGGGCAGGUCAGCUGCCCCAGGCCCCCCUCGGGCGCGCCCUCAAGUGUGCCGAGUGUGGAGUCCCCUCUGCGGCCGACGCCUCCUGCGACGUCACCAGCAGCGCCAUGGCCUCCCUGUGGAGCUCCUGCGUGGUGCUGCCGCUGCUGGCGCUGACCUGGAUGUCCGCCGUGCUGGCCGUCACGGACCGCCGCUCCGCCCUCUUCCAGAUCCUCUUCGCCGUCUUCGACUCGCUGGAGGGCUUUGUCAUCGUGAUGGUGCACUGCAUCCUGCGGAGAGAGGUGCAGGACGCUGUGAAGUGCCGCGUGGUGGACCGCCAGGAGGAGGCCAACGGGGACUCCGGGGGCUCCUUCCAGAACGGCCAUGCCCAGCUCAUGACUGACUUCGAGAAGGACGUGGAUCUGGCCUGUAGAUCAGGUGAGCGUCUGACAGUGCUGAACAAGGACAUCGCGGCUUGCCGCACAGCCACCAUCACCGGUACGCUCAAGCGGCCAUCGCUGCCUGAGGAGGAGAAGCUGAAGCUGGCCCAUGCCAAGGGGCCACCGUCCACCUUCAACAGCCUGCCGGCCAACGUGUCUAAGCUGCACCUGCAUGGCUCGCCCCGCUACCCCGGCGGGCCCCUGCCGGACUUCCCCAACCACUCGUUGACCCUCAAGAAGGACAAAGCAGCCAAGUCCUCCUUUGUUGGUGACGGGGACAUCUUCAAGAAGCUGGACUCAGAGCUGAGCCGGGCCCAGGAGAAGGCUCUGGACACGAGCUACGUGAUCCUGCCCACGGCCACAGCCACGCUGCGGCCCAAGCCGAAGGAGGAGCCCAAGUACAGCAUCAACAUUGACCAGAUGCCCCAGACGCGGCUCAUACACCUCAGCAUGGCGCCCGACGCCGGCUUCCCCACCCGCAGCCCGCCCACCCGCCAGCCCCCUGGCAGCGGGCCCCCAGAGGCACCCCCUGCCCAGCCCCCGCCGCCUCCGCCCCCACCACCUCCGCCACCCCAGCAGCCCCUGCCUCCGCCACCCACCCUGGAGCCGGCACCCCCCAGCCUGGGGGACACAGCGGAGCCUUCAGCCCACCCAGGACCCAGCUCAGGGGCUGGAACCAAGAAUGAAAACGUCACCACCCUGUCUGUGAGCUCCCUGGAGCGGCGAAAAUCGCGGUAUGCAGAACUGGACUUUGAGAAGAUCAUGCACACGCGGAAGCGGCACCAGGACAUGUUCCAGGACCUGAACCGGAAGCUGCAGCACGCCGCGGAGAAGGACAAGGAGGCGCUGGGCCCCGACAGCAAGCCGGAAAAGCAGCAGACGCCCAACAAACGAGCCUGGGAGAGCCUCCGGAAGGCCCACGGCACGCCCACCUGGGUGAAGAAGGAGCUGGAGCCGCUGCCGCCUUCGCCGCUGGAGCUGCGGAGCGUGGAGUGGGAGAAGGCCGGGGCCACCAUCCCACUAGUGGGCCAGGACAUCAUCGACCUCCAGACUGAGGUCUGAGCGGGCGGGCAAGGAGGAGGGAAGCUGCUCGGCCCACUCCGGCCGCAGGACGGGCACAGACACGCUCACGCGCAGGCCAGGCCUGCACCGGCCUCAGGGUGCACGGACGGCCAGGCAGAGGGCCCGCGGUGCUGGGACCAGAGCCAGACACAGGACAGGAGGCGUCGCGGCCCAGCGGGCACAGGGCUCCAGAGGCCCGAAGGUGCCUCGGACUCUGCCCUCCUAGGGCGAGCCCCAGCGGGCAGCCGUUGUGGACAGCGGACAGGCCUGGUGGGUCCAGCGUCCCCAGGAUGCCCGCCUGCGUCUCUGCUGCAGAGGACCAGCCCUGCAGCCCGCUGGCCUGGCUCCAUUUUUUAGACACCCCCCCUCGGGAAGCAGCCAGACCCCCCUCCCUUCCAGGGCCCUGGGCCCUCCCAGACCCAGGCAGAGAGCACAGCCCUGACCCGAGGCCCCCAUGGGCAGGACUAAGCCCAUUUUGGGAAGAAACAGGGUGGGGAAUCUAUUUUUUCUCUCCUUUUCUUUUCUUCAAUAAAAAGAAUUAAAA